CCCCUAUAGGAUGCCUACGGCGAUAAUAGCUCCUAUAUCCAACACGCAGGCUGCUGGAUCAAUUUGCCAGCAGGCUACCGCAGCUGCAAACGACCAGCUCCUGCUCCUAGGUGACUGGAAGCUGGCGCUAACCUCCCUUGCAGAGGCACUUGAGACAACUGUCUCCUCUCUACAGGGCCGUCCCAAGGAGCUCGCUCGAGGGCUUGUAGCUAGGUUUAUUACCCUGGCAAACCUCAACACCCCACAGCAAGGGGCAAAGCCUGACAUAGCACCCCCCCAGAUGGCGCAGGCAUAUCAAGCUAAAAAGACCUUACAGACCUCAACCUGGGCCUCAGUUGCCGCCCUAAAAGCUAGCCAGGACAACUGGCAAUCUGAUACUCAAGAACAUAGUGUGCAAGCCUCUCGGCAGCAGACACAAAAGCCAGCCCAGCAGCAACCCCAGCAGGAAAGCAAAACUGACUCCCGUAUCUUUCUCCGGCUGCCGGUCUCCUCCAGCCUACGAGCUAUUGGGCCGCAUGGCAUCCGGGUCACCCUAGCGGAAAAAAAUUCCUGGUGGAAUCGCAUGAGUGCAGGCCGUGGCUACAGGAUAUGCAAUCUCAGCCACUGAAGAAGGUAGGGCUUUCCUACUCUCCCCACAGGCAAGUGGGCUAGCAGGAGACGGCAACUUUGAGGCUGCAAUGGGUUUCCAUCAGGUAGUAGUCCCUAGGAUCCCUCAGCAGCUCUGGACCCGAGAGGGAUGGGCACCCACCACAAUCAGGGAUAUCAGUACAGAAGCAGAGCGCAUAACUGGUAUGAAGCCGCUUAUGACUAAGCUCUCUAAGCACCCUGUAGAGGAGGGCUCUAUCACGGCAGUCAUAGCCUUUCCAAAGAAGCCACAACGUGCCUUGCAACUCUUUGGCUCCUCUGGCCUAUCACGGCCUACCCGCCCUAAGAAAAGACCACUACAGUGUACCCGCUGCCACCGCUUCCAUGAUACACGAGCCUGCCGCUCUAGUGAGCGCUGCAUCUCCUGUGGAUCCUCUAAACAGGAGCAUACCUGCCGCGUGCAGUGUGUGAACUGCUGCGGUCCACAUGCAGCAGACUACCAAAAGUGCCCUGCUAGACCAUAUACACAAAAGGGUUCUAUUAUCCGCCUUGCAAAGGACACCUUGGCUGCUGUUCGUAAGGCUGGCCGACUUGCCUUUCAACAGCAACUAGCUAAGUCAGCCUCUAGCCACCAAGCUAGCAGUCCACACACCCCCCACCAGUCCUCAAGCCAGCUUGCCCAGGAGCUUGCAAAUCAAACCCUCCCAUCACCAGAACUAUGAAGAUAUUGCAGGCUAAUGUUGGAAGGGGCAGCCCUGCCCACGACCUACUGCUAACAUUUGAGGCGGACAUUAUCCUAGUCCAGGAGCCCUGGACGGACAUGGCAAAACAACUCACAAAAACACACCCACGAUACCAGCUCUUCAGCCCUGCCACUCGGUGGGAAACUAGGCCUAGAGCUUUGAUAUAUGUUCGCCGGGAUCUUCCAGCAUUCUCUCUCCCUCAGCCUAUCUCACCAGAUAUCGCAGCUAUCUGUACAGCUGGCCUAACCAUCAUAAACAUCUACCGCCCCCAAAUGACCCCGUUGUGCCAGCGGGAUCUGGUUCAACCCUAUCUACCCUACACACCCUAUUGCAAUUCUCCCCUCCGCAGAACACUAUUAUCGCGGGGGACUUUAAUACCCACCACCCCCUCUGGCAACCGGGGACAGAACCGCACCAAGUAACAGCAGGCGCAACAGCACUUAUAGAGUGGCUAGAAGCCCAUGAACUAGUGCUCUGUAUGGAGCCAGGCACUCCUACUCGUGGGCCAAACACCCUUGACCUGGUCUUCUCCAACAUGUUGAUAGAGGCAGUAGUUGAAGACUACCUUAAUACCUCAAGUGAUCAUGCAACCAUUCUGAUUACAACAGACUGGACGGAGCCUAUCUCCCGUCCAAGGAUAGGCUCUACAGACUGGGAGAAGGCUAUAUCUCUGCUAACCCCCCCACCUGCGCACCUCCCCAUCAACACCUUAGCAGAAGAACUAGUUGAUAAUGUACAGCUAGCCAUCCGUGGUGCAUCAAAACAUAACUCUCGCAAGCUCCCACGCACCCCUUGGUGGACACCAGAGCUCACAGACCUACUCCACCAAACACGACAGCAGCAGGACCCAGACUACCUACCACUCCGGAAGACAAUAUCCUGUGCAAAGGCUAAUUACUGGAAGAGGCGAAUUGAGCAAGCAGUGUCUCCCACAGAUGCCUUCCUACUUGCUAAAUGGCAUAAGCGCUCAGAUCAGCUCGCGGCACCCCCUCUAAACAUCCAAGGAAAUCAGGUUAGCACUCCACAAGAUAAAGCGGAUGCUUUUCUUUCACAUUUACUGGAGAAGGGAGCCUCCCUUCCAGAUCAACUAGAGGAGGGCCCUCCAGCAAAACCUCUGGAUUCACUAGGGUUGCCAACUAAGGAGGACUGCUGGACUGCCCUUUGUGCCCCUGCCCCAUCCGCCCCAGGUAGGGAUGGGCUUGCUACCACAGUUUGGAGAGAGCUCUGGCCUGCUCUAGGCAACACAAUCACGCUUCUUUAUCGCCGCUGCUUAGAGGAAGGUCGCUUCCCACAGUGUUUUAAGUCUGCAAAGGUGGUAAUGAUACCAAAGCCAGGAAAAAGGGACCUCACACAGCUCGGCUCCUGGCGACCCAUCAGCCUACUCUCCACCUUAGGAAAAGGCCUAGAGCGCUUUCUGGCGCGGCGCAUAGCUGCACGAGCAAUCCAGGUAGGGCUACUGGCCCCCUGCCAUUUUGGCGCUCUUCCUGGCCGCUCUGCGAUUGAUCUUGUCCAGAUCCUGGUCCACAGGAUAGAGAAGGCCUUUGGAAGGAAGAUGGUGGCUUCACUACUAUUACUGGACGUAAAGGGGGCCUUUGAUGCGGUAAUCCAUCAGCGGCUUCUCUCACACCUACGCCUGCAGGGAUGGGACGAAGGCCUAAUCCGGUUAAUCCAAGAUUGGCUGACCGGCCGCACUGCCUCAGUCCAUAUUAGAGAGGCUAUUGCAACAGCCCUAAUCAAGGGCGGUCUCCCCCAGGGGUCCCCUCUAUCCCCAAUUCUCUUCCUGCUGUACGCGGCAAUGGUAGUUUCUACCCAUAAGGGCUCUUUCUGCUAUGCAGACGACCUGGGAUUGCUAUUCAUUGGAAACAAUCUGGAAGAGACCUCACGGCAACUAUUGGAAGCCUAUAAAUCAAUCACGGCACUUGGGGCUGCAUCAGGCCUUCCAUUCUCCUUUGAGAAGACAGAAAUACAGCAUUUCUCUAGGCAGCGGAAGCAGUCUAUCCCCACAGUCUUUCUACUAGGUGUAGGCAAGAUCAAACCAUCUCCAUAUACCCGAUGGUUAGGGGUCCUGCUUGACACUAAGCUCACCUUCAGGUCACAUAUUAAUUGGACAUUCAGCCGCGGCAAGCAGCUCGCUCAACAUCUCCGGAGGCUUAGCAAUACCCAGCGUGGGUGCCCAGUAGCCUCCAUGCGUGCAGUGGUCAUGCAGUGCGUCCUGCCAACAGCUCUCUAUGGCGCAGAAGUCUUCUAUACUGGCUACAGGCAACAAGGGGUUAUCAGCUCCCUUCAAUCCCUGCUCCGCCUGGCCGCCCUGGCCAUUCUUCCUGCAUAUAAAACAACCCCUACUACAGUACUCCUCCGGGAGGCAGACCUACCUGACCCUGAAGCCCUGCUCAACGGUACCCUCCAGAAGGCGGCAAUCAGAUAUGCAAGCCUUGACGCGAAGCACCUGAUUGCUCGCAUAACUACCACUACAGCCCAGAGCUGUAAGAACAGGACCAGACUUACCAGGAUCCUCCAACUUGUCCCUGGACCAGCGCCGGAACGCAUGCAUAUAGAACCACCCCUCCCAUCACUGCGCAUGCUCCCCACUGACUGGGGUAAGCACCUUCCUUCCCCAUUGGAAGUAACAGUCUAUUCAGAUGGCUCCCGUACAGACCAGGGCGCUGGGUACGGCUAUGCAAUAUACUAUGGCCCUAUCCUGCUUACCCAGGGAUUCGGCCCUGCUGGGCGCGGACAGAGGUUUACGACGCAGAAAUUAUGGGUGCAGUAGAAGGGCUCCGUGCUGCAGUUAGCCAAGACUGCACCAAGUUCGCUACCCAAAUCAACAUCCUCCUUGAUAAUCUAGCCGCAGCUAGCCUGCUAGCAGAUGGCAGGCCAGCCCCCCAUAGACGAAGACUUACUGAUACUUUCCACCAACUCUCCGCUCAGUGGGACAGCUUGCCUUCACUUUUAUCUCUACCUCGCAAACCUGUAGGGGUCUGUUGGGUUCCAGGCCACUCUGGGGUCACAGGGAAUGAGCUCGCAGAUAAGCUGGCAAAGAAGGGAGCUUCAUUAGCCAGUCCUGAUAUCCCCCCUUCUCCCUCAUUCCUCAGACGGGAGGCAAAACAGCGGAUCCGCGCAGAUACACACGCGGCAUAUUUUAGAGGCGCACCUCAGGCCUACCGUGACCUGGGCAUCAGACCUCAUACAAAAAGCAGUCGUGACCAAGAACAUAAGCUCCCCCGCUGGGUCCUGGGCAGGCUCAUAGCCGCCCGUACAGGUCACGGGGAUUUUGCAGCAUAUCAUGAAAGAUUUCAACAUGUAGACUACCUAGCAACCUGCUCCUGCAAGAGACAGAAGUCCCCUGUCCAUUUCUUCUUCUGCCCACCCACCAGGAAGCGCUGGAAGGAUAGAUGGAAAUGCAAGAGAGGCAGCCCGUCAAGUACAAUUGACUGGCUACUAGGUACAGCUGCUGGGGCGGAAGAGUUCAGCCACAUCGUGCAAGAUUCAUCCUUUUUCAAGGAUAUAUGCCCAAAUUGGGCCUGCUCAAGCACUGAAUAGUGCAACAGUCUACGCUUCUACCUGGACGAACGGGAAAGGCACCCCUGCUCGACUGAAGGUAGCCAAAGCAGGUUCCUCACCUUUAGAAGUCCAGGCCAGGGUAGCGCCUGGUGCUUCUUCCACUCUUUUCCAACACAUAGUGUCCAGCUUUGUUGCUUCAAGCAUGUAUUUAUUUUAGUGAGUCUUUGCUUAGGUAGCACGUCCGGAUGCCCCUUGGGAGGCCGCGGGUCACGUGUGCCACGUGAUCCGCCGAGUGACGUUAAAUAGUAAUCAAAUCAAAUCAAA